AUCCUGUUAUGUUGCCCGUCAAGUGAUUAAAAUCCUGUUUCUGCCAGCGUCAAAGAAGGAAAAAACCGGAAAAAGGAUUUGUAUUAUUGUGAUUUUAAGAGUUUGAUUUGAUUUCUUUUCGUAAUGUUUUCAGACACUUAUUACAACAAUCUGAGCAUUCCGGUUGCAAAAACAAGCAUUUUAGUGAAUGUAACGUUACACUGAGGUGCACAAAUGCCCUCGGGGCUCGCUUUGUGGCAGCCGGUUAAAGCGUACUCCCUUAAUACUGAACCCAUUUUACAAUGCGUUGUCCCAGUUAGUCUGUUAGACACAAACACACGGGGAAAUAGGGUCCAGAGAUUUCAAUCUUAUCUUUAAAUUCCAAAUGUAUUCAGAUUAAAGCAUGAAAUGUAUUUUUUAAUUGCGAAGAAAGGCAGAAUACCACUCGUAGAUUAGUGAGUAGCUAAGAGAAAAAUGUAAAUCUGAGGAAAAUUGGUGAAUGCCACAAAUUCUCUUAAAUCGCCCGUACGUCCCGCACACAAACAAAUCUGUUUGUGCAAGUUGUUCUUGCAUGAGGCCCAUGUGAUGGAAAUUAAUAUUUUCUCCCUUCACCAAUUCACAAAAAUUAAGCUUGAGAGAUUGAUGGACACCCUGAAGAUGGUCUUUGAAAAUGUCGGCCUCCCCCCCUCCCUCCUUUUCUCUCUGUUGGAUCUUAUUCCCUCAUUUAUCAUAACUGGAUCACUGCUCAACGCUUUGAAGUGUUGAUUGCAGCAGCUCAAGAAAUUUCCACCCUGCAUCUGUGACUGUGUCUCAGAUGUGUGUGUGUGUGUGUGUGUGGCGAGGGGGGGGGGUUGUUUACAUGCUUGUGUACAUGCCAAAAAAUCCCCUAUAUGUGUCCAUCUUCUGCAGUACAUCUGUGUGUGUUGGCAGCAGAUACGUGAGGCUUCAUAUUCCCUCUUCCUAUGGCAGCACACUGAGGAGGCAAACCCCCCCCCCCCCUUUGUUCAUCUCUUUUCCCCGAAAAAGUAACAGGUUUUUUUUUCCUCCCUUAAUCCCCACGACAACAACCCCCCCUCCCCCCAUCCUCAUCUUCUGUUGCCGACUGCCUGUUACUAUGCAGCCCUGUUUCCAUGGCAACUGCAAUACUCAGGAGUUAAUCUGGCGCUGACUUGAUCUCGUGCAGAGGAUGCCGGCGGUCGCGUGCGUGUGUGUGUGCGUGCGUGUGUGUGUGUGUGUGUGUGUGAGAGCGUGUGCACGACACACAGCAAGCCUUCUGUCUUUCAGGGACACACACACACACACGUAAACACACACUCCUGACACACGUGGUGUCACAGAGGAACAAAAUGAUUAUCCAUAUUUCCAUAUUUAUCUCUCUCAGAGUUUGUUCUCUGUGUGUUCUUGUAACCAAGUAUGUUUUCUCGAGUAGGCUACUGUAAUCCUGAAGUAAUGAAAUAUUACAUGACAACGUGACAAAGGGUCACUUAUUGUGACGAUCCUAAAGAGAAUUACCUCGUGAAUCUGCAGCUCCCCUCAACUUCUGCGUUGCUUCACUCUCACAGCUCUCAUAAUGUGUCUUUACGUCAUUUUUGGCUGUGACAGGCAGCUGUUUUCAGGGUAAAAUCUCUAAAUAUGCACUACCUACUCCCUAGCAGACAAAGUUAGUGUCUCGCUGGUGAUAAUAGUGGAGCAUUUAGCUUCUAAAAAGUCAGAUAUUUCCCUGUAGUUGGAGUCGGUAGAGACCAAAAACAGAGCAAAGAGUGAAUAUUUGACUUGCAAUCAUCAGGCUAAUAUUCUGUGUAUCUGCCGGAUGUGUAAACAAGCAUCAGGUUGUUAAGCUCAUAUUUAAUGUGAAGCAGCGACAGUACGAAAGGGUGAGGUAGAUAUCAUUUCCUAUGAAUCCCUCUCUUACUAAAGCAGGCAAUCCAGCGCAGCAAUGGCGGACUCCGCCACAAUAUAAAGUACUUAAUGAAGACGUUUUUUACAGGAUGUACAUACAUUUUGUGGUACAUGUACUUGAAUUAUACAAGUGUAAAUUAUCUCCAGUGUGACCAGCUAAAACCCUAAAAUGCUACUUCCACAAUGUAAUUAAUAUACAAUUUAAUUAUCGUUAGGUAAUACUUCUGUACUUUAAGUUCAGUAAGAUUUCGUGGAUAAUUUGCAGUACUUGUAAUGGAGUAUUCUUUACAGUUUAUUGCUACUUUUACUUCAGUAAAAAAGCUCAAUACUUUGUGUACGUAGUGUAAAAAAAGUCAAAACAUAACCUCCACCAUCAUGGAAUAACUGACUGCCGCUCUGGAGAUGUGUGUAUGCGUGUCUGCUUGUGUGUGUGAGGAUUGGUCAUUUGUUUCCUCACAUAUUUAACAGCAUGUCUCAUCUUUCUCAAGUCGUGUGCGUAUUCAUGGUGUGUAAUUCCUGCCUUCUUAACCCGCUCUGCCUUGCUUCCAGAUGACAAAGAAAUCGCACAAACUCCACUGGGACAAUUACUAUGAGAGCGAUCUGCAGGACUGCUUCACAGUGGAAGGAGAGGAUCUGAAACAUGACUUUGAGCGUCUGCAGCUGGCUAUGGAGAUGGUCGGCUUCUUACCCACCACAUGCAAACAGAUUUUCUCCCUGCUGUCAGCAAUCCUCCACCUGGGAAACAUCCGCUACAAGAAGAAGACCUACAGGGACGAUUCCAUCGACAUCUGCAACCCAGAGGGCCUGCCAAUCGUCUCAGAGCUGCUAGAGGUCAAAGAGGAGAUGCUGCUGGAGGCACUGACAACCAGGAAAACGGUGACCGUGGGAGAGAGGCUCAUCGUACCCUACAAACUCGCUGAGGCGGGCACGGUGAGGGACUCCAUGGCCAAGUCACUGUACAGCGCGCUGUUUGACUGGAUUGUGUUCAGGACCAACCAUGCCCUGCUCAACAACAAGGACCUGGAGGACAAGUCAAAGAUUCUGUCGAUAGGAGUCCUGGACAUCUUUGGUUUUGAGGAUUACGAGAACAACAGCUUUGAACAGUUUUGCAUCAACUUCGCCAACGAACGACUGCAGCACUACUUCAACCAGCACAUCUUCAAACUAGAGCAGGAGGAGUACAGGGCCGAGGGCAUCAUCUGGCACAACAUCGAGUACAUCGACAACAGCGGCUGCCUCAACCUCAUCAGCAAGAAACCCACAGCGCUGUUCCACCUGCUGGACGAGGAGUGCAAUUUCCCCCAGGCCUCCAAUCAGACCUUGCUGGACAAGUUCAAGCGACAGCAUGAAGGAAACAGCUACAUCGAGUUCCCCGCUGUCAUGGAGCCCGCCUUCAUCAUCAGACACUACGCUGGUAAAGUCAAGUACGGAGUCAAGGACUUCAGGGAGAAGAACACUGACCACAUGCGUCCCGACAUCGUGGCCUUGCUCAAGAGCAGCAAGAACGCCUUCAUCUGCAGCCUGAUGGGAAUCGACCCAGUGGCGACCUUCCGCUGGGCCGUGCUGCGAGCCUACUUCAGAGCCCUGGUGGCUUUCAGGGAGGCCGGCCGCAGACACACCCACAAAAAAACUGGGAACGAUGCAGCAGUUCCCUGUGUUGUUGUCAAAACUGUCGACAGCUUCAGUUUCCUUCAUCACCCGGUUCACCAGAGGAGCCUCGCGAUCCUUCAAAGAUGCAAAGACGAGAAGUACAGUAUCACUAGGAAGAAUCCGCGGACGCCUCUGUCAGAUCUUCAAGGCACCAACACCCUGAAUGAGAAGGCCAGCUGGGAUGGCUGCAACGGUCGCAGCUCCAGGUCUGGUCGUCUGUCCUCGACAGGAAGUCCCGCCCUGGAGGAAGACGGGAUCUUCCUCAACUCGACCAGCAGCAAGCUCCUGGAGAGAGCGCAGGGCAUCCUCCUGAGGAACAAGAACAUCAAAACGAAGCCGAGCCUUCCCAAGCACUUGUUGGACGUGAAGUCUCUGCGUUACCUGAGCAGCGUGACACUCCACGACCGCAUCACCAAGUCUCUGCUCCACCUGCACAAGAAGAAGAAGCCGCCCAGCAUCAGCGCCCAGUUCCAGGCGUCCCUCAAUAAGCUGAUGGAGACUCUCGAUCAGUCUGAGCCGUACUUCGUCAAAUGUUUUCGCUCCAACGCAGAGAAGCUGCCGCUGCGUUUCAACGACAGCCUGGUGCUCAGACAGCUCAGAUACACCGGUAUGCUGGAAACCGUCCGGAUCCGACAAUCAGGGUACAGCAUCAAGUACACCUUCCAGGACUUUGUGCGUCACUUUCAUGUGCUGCUGCCUCAAGGCACGAGCCCAACCAAGUCAGGCAUCAGGGAGUUCUUCAGACGGAUCCACCUGCCGCCUGCCGGGUAUCAAGUGGGCAACACGAUGGUGUUCCUGCGGGAGGCGGAGCGCCAGCGUCUACAGACCCUCCUCCACCAGGAGGUCCUGCGGCGGAUCGUCACGCUGCAGCGCCGCUUCAGGGCCGUCCUGGAGAGGAAGCACUUUGUUGACAUGAGGCGAGCCGCCUUUGUCAUCCAGCGAUGGUGGCGGUGCUGCCUCCUCAGACAGUCCUCCGUGGACUCGGCCGAUGAGGAGGAGGCGGCGGUGUGUCUGCAGGCGGCCUGGAGGAGCUACAGGGAGCGCAGGAGGUUCCUGCAGCGGCGGGACUCUGCCGUCGUCAUCCAGAGGAGCUGGAGGAGUCGCUGCCGACACAGGUGUGCGGCGGCCGUAGCGGUUCAGGCGACGUGGAGAGGGUUCAGGGAGAGGAGCCGCUACUGUCGGACCUACAGGACUGUGACGCAGCUGCAGGCGAUGGCCAGGGGACACCUGGCUCGACUCAGAUUCAGGGAGGUGAAGGAGCAGCGUGAAAGACAACAGAGUCCACCAGCAGAGACGGAUGCAGGAACCAUGGAGGACCUCGCCUCCUCAGGACAGGAAGCUUAUGUCCAGGAUGUCUCUGUCGAACUGUCCGAAGACUCUAAGUCUGCUCCGUUAGAUCCGGGAGAGACAGAAAAAGAAGAGGACUCGGAGCGAAGCAGGAGCACAGACGAGCCGAGCCACAAGAACCGGUCCAAACGAGAGAGCAGGCGGAUGAGAGAGCUGGAGCAGGCCCAGUUCAGCUUGGAGCUCCUCAAGGUCCGAACCACCAGCGUCCAAGAAGACUCAGUCCCAGACGGCGGCACCUGUCAGCCGGAAGACCCUCACAGACAUUCACCUCGGGGAUCUCCGGCGAGUCACGGUAGUUGUGAACUGCUUGGUGUGGAAGACAUGGACACCGAAGGUUCCAAGCCGACUGCCCCUCAAGAACAACCCCAAAUGCUGGACGUCCAACUGAGAGAUUCGAACUUCAAUGAGAAGCCUGCAAUGGAGCCGCCGAACAAGGCGGAGGGUCCGAGGGCAACCUUUUAUAUCGCCUCGGACCAAAGUCCAGUUCAUGAACCAACGCUGAAGUCCCACAGAGAGAGACGAGAGUCCACGUCUCGUAGGCCAGUAGUGGUGUUGAUCAGCAUGCAGAAGGAGAGCCCUGUGGACGAGGGGGAGCUGCUGGUGGCCCAAAUGCUAGAAGGAGCUCCUGAAGCGGGAGCAGCGUUACCCGGUUCCCAGAUGACCCACGUUGCGGGCUCGGAGGUAGCAUCAGAGAUGGAACAGCCUCACGGGGUUGCCAUCAAGUCGGAGAGCGUUGCAUCCGGGGUGGAUCCGUCCUUAACCGCCCAAGUAUCAAGUCCAGAAUCGGGGCUUUGCUCCUCAGAGGUGGACAUCCAGAUCGUCCUGGAGCCGAAGUCCGACGUUCCCGCUGUCCGCCCCAGUCAGCAGGAGAGGAAGGCGGUUCGGCCCCAAAAGGAGACUCCCAGUCCGGUCCUGGACACAAAACCACCGAAGGCUCAGAAGAAGAGCUCGGGCCAGACUGUGAUUGUGAACAUGGUGGAGAAACCCCCCAACACUGUGUUCUCCCCACCCAGACGCAAGCUGCCCUUCUCCAAGUCAGAUAAGGAUUUGGUGAACCAGGAAAGAUCUCUGGCCAUGUUCAGAGACGACUCUAAACUUGUCGGAUCCAGAAACAGAGAGGUGGGCCGCCCCGGCCCCAAAAAGAAAGCGCGAAUGUCCCGGACGCGCUCCGACUUCCUCACCCGCUGUAACUCCGAGGGGGCGACCCAGUCGGACGACGACGACGAAUACUACAUCCCCGCUCACUCCCACACGCUGCCCCCCUCCCCGUCUCCCCCAAACGCCCACCCCGAGGCCGACUGUCACAGCGACUCUGAGAUGUUGUCGUUCUCUGCUCUCCAGCCAUCUCACAAAGACCAGAAGAAGAUCCACAAGACCAUGUCGUCCGGGGACCUGGGCAAGGUGGAGGUCCUCAGGAAGACCUCCAGUCAGGAUGGAAGCAGGAUGAGAGGAAGGAUAAGAUUCUGGAGUAAGACGAAGCACGGAGAGAAAAAGCUGCCGAGAGAGAAGCAGGCCAGCGGGAGCGAAGCCGCAGAGACACAUGGAGGCCCUUCUUCUCCUCCUCACAGUCCAGAUUUGGAGGCAGCUCCGUCUCGGGGGGUCCGGGACAGUAAGGAGAACAAGGAGCCGUCUCCUAAGAUGAGGAGGCGUCGCAGUGUGAAGAUCGGCAACAUCGCUCUGGAACCGGCCCAGUGGCAAAACGACGCCCUGCACAUCCUCAGCUCGGCCCACGACUACCGCACCAUGAACGACUUCCUCAUGAAGAAGAUCGCCGACCUGGAGUCUGAGGACGGUAAGAAGGACACCAUGGUGGACGUCGUCUUCAAGAAAGCACUGAGGGAGUUCAGGAUCAACAUCUUCAACUCUUACUCCACCGCCCUGGCGAUGGAUGACGGGAAGAGCAUCCGUUACAAGGAUCUCUACGCGCUGUUCGAGCACAUCCUGGAGAAGACCAUGCGCCUGGAGCAGAGGGACUGGUGCGAGUCGCCGGUGAAGGUGUGGGUCAACACCUUCAAGGUCUUCCUGGACGAGUUCAUGACGGAGUACAAGCCCAUGGAGGGAACCAUCGGCAGGGCUCCUAAACGAGAACGCAAGAAGUCGAGGAAGAAGGAAACUGACAUUGUGGAAGAACACAACGGCCACAUCUUCAAGUCCACACAGUACAGUAUCCCCACCUACUGCGAGUACUGCUCCUCCCUCAUCUGGAUGAUGGACCGAGCCUGCGUCUGCAAACUGUGUCGCUACGCCUGCCACAGGAAGUGCUGCUCCAAGAUGACCACCAAGUGCAGUAAAAAGUAUGAUCCGGAGCUGUCGUCGCGGCAGUACGGUGUGGAGUUGUCCCGUCUGACCAGCGAGGAGCGAACGGUUCCUCAGCUGGUGGAGAAGCUCAUCAACUACAUCGAGAUGCACGGCCUCUACACGGAGGGCAUCUACAGGAAGUCGGGCUCCACCAAUAAGAUCAAAGAGCUCCGUUUGGGGCUGGACACAGAUGUGAGCAUAGUGAACCUGGAUGACUACAACAUCCACGUCAUUGCCAGCGUUCUCAAACAGUGGCUCCGUGACCUGCCCAGCCCUCUCAUGACAUUUGAACUGUACGAGGAGUUCCUCAGGGCCAUGGGUCAGCCAGACAGGCGGGAGGUGAUCCGAGGGGUGUACUCGGUGAUCGACCAGCUCAGCAGGACACACCUCAGCACGCUGGAGCGCCUCAUCUUCCAUCUGGUCAGGAUCGCCCUGCAGGAGGAGACUAACAGGAUGUCAGCCAACGCCCUCGCCAUCGUGUUCGCUCCCUGCAUCCUUCGCUGCCCCGACACCAUCGACCCGCUGCAGAGCGUCCAAGACAUCAGCAAGACUACAGCGUGUGUGGAGCUGAUCAUCAACGAGCAGAUGAGCAAGUACAAAGCUCGUCUGAAGGACAUCAACAGUCUGGAGUUUGCAGAGAGCAAAGCCAAGAGCAGGCUGACCCACAUCAGGAAGUCCAUGAAACCUGUACUAAUUGCUGUUAGGUUUAUGAGCAUAACCCGCACUUCCACCUCGCGUAACACAGCUAAACUUAAGAGCAAGGGCCGUGUUCAGCAAAGCAGCACCCACACGCCAUCGCCUCCUCUCAGCCCCAAAGUGGACCCUUUGGUGGUGAUGGAUGGAGAGAGUGCAGAAGGAGGAGAAGGAGAAGGAGAAGGAGGAGAAGGAGAAGGAGGAACAGGAGGAGGAGGAGAGGAUGCAGCAGAGCCCGGGCUGAACGAGCAGCAGCAACAGGCGAUGCAGCAGGAAGAGCGAAUCCUCACCGAGCAGGUCGAGAGUUUGCAGAAAGAAAAGUACGGCGUCUCUGUGGUCGAACUGUUCAGACGACAUUGGAAGUGUUUUGUUUAAUGUGUCACAUUAAGUUUGAACACAAGCCACCAAAGCACAUGGAAUUAGUUAGUCAUUAUAGCGGAUGUAUCUCUCGAUGAUGGCCUCCCAUUAAAUGAAGUUUCCAGUUUGAGCUGGUAGCUGUGUUACUGAAUGUCAUUACUCAGCAAUCUGUUACAUUGAACCCUUCAGUGACACACAUAGAGUAUUACAUGUCAGGACAAAAUUUAGCUUAUCUUUAGUAGGAAUAUCUUGAAGGACAAUUAGGAACUUAAGGUCAGUCCAUCGUACUAAAUCUAAAUUACACGCUAUAGGAAACGCCCAAAACUUAAAAUGUAAUCACAAUAAUUUAGAUAAGCUCGUAACCUGCUGUCUGUCUGUCUGUCUGUGUGUGUGUGUGUGUGUGUGUGUGUGUGUGUGUGUGUG